AUGUAUAAAAAAUUCCUUACUCAUAUCGAAGCUCAAAAUUUUAUUGAAGGAAAAUGUGAAGUUUCUGUAACUUUAAACGAUAAUGGAUCAUCAUUUAAUAAUAGUACAACAAAAGCUCAAGCGGGUAUUGGAGUAUUCUGGAAGGACGAUGAUCCUAAUAAUUUAAGUGAAAGAUUACCUGGAUCAGAACAAACUAACAAUCGUGCAGAAAUAUAUGCUGUGAUUAGAGCUCUUGAAGUUUGUGAAAAUAAAACAAAACCUUUAGAAAUAAUGACAGAUAGUAAAUAUGCAAUUAAUAUAAUUGAAGAUUGGGUUGAAAAAUGGGAAAAAAAUGGUUAUAUGAGUUAUAAUAAUACACCAGUCAAAAAUCAAGAUUUAAUCAAAAGGUUAAAAAAACUUAUUGAUAAUAGAAUAGGUAUUGUUCGAUUAAUUCAUGUUAGAGGUCAUUGGGGAAAUUAUG